GAGUGUGUGUGUGUGUGUGUAUAGAGGCAAGAGCAAGUGUACUAGAAGAUUGAAGGUCGCUCAAGAAGGAAGUGGAUACAAACAUGUAGCAUAACCAGCAGAGGGCGACAAACAUCAGUCUAAUGACACGUGGCCAGAGGGACUCCAAGCUGGAUGGAUGGAUUGAGAGACAGAUGGAUGGAGAAGUCACACUGAAGAAUGGAUGGAAAACGUUGGGAAUAUUUCCCAUAGAACUUAUCAGAAUUCCCCGCCUAUAGAAUUAGCAUUUUGCGUUUACACAUUUGGCACUUUACUCUGAAGUGACUAGUGGUGCAUUUAAUGUACAUGCUUUAUUAGUAUGUAUAUAUGUGUCAUUCCUUGGAUUCAACCCCAUGACUAUGGCAUUGCUGGCACCAUGUACUACGAGUUAAGCUACAAAAAGUCUUUCACAGUUUUGGCAGACAGGAAGUGACAUGCAGUAUACUCAUGUGUAUGUACAGUAUGUUCCCUUGGAAUUGAACCCACAACAUUAGCAUUAGCAUUAGCACUACGAGCACCAUGCUCAGUCGGUUGAGCUACAGGAACGUUGCAACUGCCAGCUUAUAAUAUACACACAUUCACAUUCACAUACACAUACACAUUCCUAUUUAUUUAUUGAUUUCUCAAAAUACUGACAAAACUGUCAAGCUAAACACUUGUGAAUUUAAUUAGCCUGUAAACGCGCGCACAGAAUGACAUCUCAGAUAGCACUGGCUGUGACACUCUCCCUACUAAUUCUACUGACGGUCAGCGGGAAUGUUUUGGUUUGCCUGGCUGUGUACGCAACGAAACGCCUGCGUAACGUCACCAACUGCUUCAUUGUGUCGCUAGCCGCUACAGACUUUCUCCUGGGUGCCCUCGUGCUGCCAUUUUCAACCCUCUACCAAGUUACCGGUGAUUGGCCACUGGGUGCGCGCUUCUGCAACAUCUACGUCUCGUUGGACGUCAUGCUAUGCACCGCCUCCAUCCUCAAUCUCUUCGCCAUUAGCUUGGACCGCUACUUCGCGGUCACCGCCCCACUGCACUACCCCAUGCUGGUGCUUCCGUGGCGUGUCGCUGCGAUAUUAGCGGCGAUCUGGCUAAUCUCAGUGGGUGUGUCGUUUGUACCCAUUCAUCUGGGUUGGAAUACUAGAGAUUUGUACGUACAAAAUAUCCGAGAGGGCGACCCUGCGCGAGACUGCUGCUUUGAGCUAAACCCAACGUACGCCGUGGUCGACGCCUUUGCAACGUUUUAUCUUCCCCUGCUGGCCAUGUGCUGGAGUUACCACACAGUAUUUCGCAUCGCGCGGACGCAGGCUAAAAGCAUCAUGUCUACGCGACGGGGAUCAUCGUCAUCGACAGGGGUGACAAUGCUAGCCCUGCGCGAGCACAAAGCUACGGUGACGCUAGCGGUGGUUCUUGGUGCAUUUUUGGUGUGCUGGUUCCCGUAUUUCACAUUUUUCACUGUGAUGGGAAUACGAAAUGAAGAGAACCCGCCGCGCACAGCGCAAUCAGUGGUGCUAUGGCUAGGGUACGCGAACUCUGCGGUAAACCCUGUGCUUUAUGCUACACUGAAUAGAGACUUCAGAUCGGCUUACGUCAAGCUGCUUUGUAGACGACGAAGAUCUAAAAGAGGGACAAGAAUAUCUGUUGUGAAAUUGGAGGAGGGGCUAACGAAUAGGCACAGCCCUCCUUUGAACAGGGCGGGGCUUCAGUCUAGAACUUGUGUGCUGCUACAAGAGAUAGAAAACGGGAAAAUAGAAGAUUGCAACGCAACGACUGGCGCUACGGUUACCAUCAUAGUCAAUGCUAAUAAACGGUACUACAAAUGCAAGAUCGCUGAACAAUCACUUUAGGUAUUAAAGGCACAGUUCACCCAAAAAUGAAGACUGUCAUUUACUUACCAUAUGCAGGGCUGGACUGUUAAUCCGGCAUACCGGGCAUUUUCCCGGUGGGCCGACGCACUUUGGGGACGAUCAGGGCCGAACUGUCCAUCUGGAGAAUGCAGCGGGCCGGUGGGUCAGCCAAGAAACGUGCCGAAUUGGAUAUGCAGAAAAGGACAGCGAACACCCCCCACCCCCUCCGCUCAACAACUUUCGGAUCACCGUCACAUUUUAUGUUUAUAAAACCGGAUGAUGCAACUGUGACUUUUUCUGUGCUGAAAAUGCUUUUCUUUUGUCUUCCUCUGGUGGUUAUGACAGGUAACAUAAGAACAUUUAAUGUCCAGUUGUCUCCCACCCAAAUAUCCUUGCAUGGAAAUCUUAUACAGUGUGAUUAUAGCAGGACAACUAAUGCAUGCACAUACACAACCUUUUUAUUGACGGAAGGAAGCGCGCAGCCUUGUUUGUUGUCACUAGGUUGCAAUUGAGUGUAUACGUUUGUGCUUUAGACCUGUAAUAAGCCAUGAUGAAAAUAUAUGUUUUAAA